AAGGGGUCACCGCCGCAACUCCGCUGCAGCCGCCGCCAUCGCCGUCGUGGAGCAGGGAGCCCGGAGGAGAGAGAGACGAUUCGCAAACGAGAUGGAGAGAGAGGACGAAGACGCGACGCAAGAGAGAAGGAGGCUGUUCCGCCGUGCACUGUCGUCGCUCCUGGGGUCGAUUGAAGCCGCCGCCGCUGCUAGGACUUGCCGUGCUUUUGUCCUCACUUUCGGCUUCUACGAUUACUUCCUGCAACAAUAUAUUUUCGUCUGUGGUUGAACUCUAAAGAGCACAUUGAAUCAUGAUUGAUUUAACUUAUAGCUCAUGCUGAAGAAUUGAGGCAACUGAUGACUCCUAUCCUUUCUCUCAAGUUCCAGUGAUUGCUUCACGUGUUAUAAGUUGUAUAUGAUGCCAUUGGAACUCUAGCUGAAGCUGUUGGUGGGGAGCUGAAUCAGCCUGUUUAUCUUGACAUUCUCAUGCCACCAUUAAUAGGGAAAUGGUGGCCCAUGAACAUCAUGAUGACAACGACGAGGAGAAAAUGACACCGUUCUUGGUGGCAGCAAAGUACGGCAUAGUUGAAUUGGUGGAAGAGAUUCAAUCCAGGAUACCAAGUGCCAUCUACAACCCCAACUUAAGGAAGCGAAACGUGUUACUGGUAGCAGUGAUAAAUAAGCAACCCCUUGUCAUUGAGAAAUUGAGGAAGAUAAUAUCGACUUCGAAACCAAAAGUUUGGGAGAACAUGGUGCUGGCAACAGAUUAUAAGGAGAACACAAUGUUGCACUUGGCGGCAAAACAGCCUCUUGGCAAGGACAGUGUCUCUUGAACGAGAAGAUGAAGAUGAUGAUAACGAGGAGACCAAGUCUGACAACCAGGACUCAAAAGAGAACCAGAUUUUUAAACUCGAGAUACUAGCUGGAAAUGCCAGAAAAGUGAGCGCUGUUCGGUUCGAAAGGAUAAAUGGUGAGGAUGAGAUGUUGGAGGCCAAAGAAGUAACUCACUUUGUCCCUAAAAUUGUGAAGAGAAAAUGGAAUAAUGGUGAGGACUCGGACGAUGCAGACUACGAUGGAGAUGCAUUUGCGAAGAGACCGCAGCACGAGAUUUCUAGCGACUAUAUAGAUGAUCAGGAAAAUUCUGACAGAGAUUAAGGUUCACUCUUUUCAUUUUUUGUUCUUCUUUAGAUCUAUUUGGCAUGUUUUGGUGCCAUUUUUGCAACACCAUGUAAGAUGGGAAGGUACAUAUUGAAAAUGAGAAUCAAUAAUGUGAACACAUUCAUAAUUUUGUUCAAAAGAGAAUGGGGGGUGUUUACACCAAUAAGCCUUGUAACUCAAUUGAGAUUAGCCCUUUUUGCAAGUUUUGAAAUCAUGGGUGUGAUGAUCAUCAUCAUAAUGAGGGAUUGAUCUUCUACUUAACUCCUUUAUCAUUUGUUUGCACAUUUAAUGUCAAUGUACCACCAAAAGAAAACUCAGGUGAAAAUUUUCAUGAAUUAGUUUCAUGUGCAAACUUACCCAUCGAAUUUAUUUAUGAAAAGUUUUCUUUUUUUUUAAUCCGCUAAUCAAGAACUUUUUUUUUGACAAAAAUUUUAUAUAUUAAAUAAUUUCGGAUAAACGGUGGAGUAUAUCACUUUUCAUAUUAGUAUUAAAAAAAAUGAGUUAAUCUUAACAUCCCAAAAUGGUGCAACUAAAAUAUAGCAAAGUAUCUAAAACUAUCACUAGAACUAUAUUGAAUAGAGAGAACAAAACGUGCUUGAAUAUCAAUAUUUUAAUAUGAAUAACAAAAUGCUCAUUGAGACAUUGAGUCAAAGUUUAGCUUCCUUUAAAAAAAAAGGUCUUUGUUUCCGUGUGGAACUGUGGAUCCCCCGCCUAGGUUGCUAUAUAAUAUAGUCUUAUGUUAUUAUUAUUUCUUUGUCGUUUUACUUUUUGGUAUCCAAAUCCAACAACUAUUUGGUGUUCAUAUUGCAGAGCUAGCUGUUGCAGCGGUAAAACUAUGAUCAUAUAUAAAUUGUUAACAUAACCAAUAUUAAAAAAUGUUCAUGUGUGUUUUAGUUUAGAGUAGAAAUGAUGUACUUAAGAUUAGUUAAUUGGAUUGCAUUGCAUCUUAGUUGGCUAUAAAUCCUCAUUAGUUGCUUGUUAUUUUCCAUUCUAUCAUUCUUGCCUCUGUUUUCAGUCCCAAGUAAACCAGUUUCUGUUGAACCAAAUCAAUAUCAGGCCAUGGGGUCUCUUUUGUUGCUGCAAUUUCAAAUCAUUUUGUGUCUACAUAUGUUCUUCACUUCUUUCUCUUCGUCUUCGUCUUUGUCUCUGCCUUUAUGCCAUCCUGACCAAAACUCUGCCUUGCUUCAACUCAAGAACUCGCUAAAAGUUGAUGGAUGGGAAAAUGGAACAGAUUGCUGUUCGUGGCCUGCUGUCACGUGUGAAUCCACGUCUGGUCACGUGAUUGGUCUCGACCUCAGCUGGCAUGGGCUUGAAGGUAAAAACAAUUCUACAAGUAGUCUUUUCCAUCUUACUCAUCUCCAAAAGAUCAACCUUGCUCACAAUAGUUUCUAUGGUCCUCUAUUACCAUCUCAGUUUGGCGGGUUUGUGAAUCUUACACACUUGAACUUGUCUUGGUGUUCUUUUGAAGGUGAUAUUCCUUCUAAAAUCUCAUAUCUUUCCAAAUUAGUCUCAUUAGAUCUCUCAGGUAACUUAAAUCUAAAGUGGACAGAAACCACUUGGAAGAGGCUGCUGCGAAAUGCAGAGAUCUUUCUAGAUUAUACAGAUAUGUCAUCAAUUCGUCUAAGUUCUUUGUCUUUAAUCACCAAUUGGUCUUUCUCUUCGGUUACUCUUGGUCUUAGUAACACAAAUAUAACGGGAUAUUUGACAAGUGAUAUUCUUUGUUUGCCCAAUCUUAAAGAGCUACAUCUAUAUGGAAACACAUACCUUCAAGUCCAUGUUUCUAGAUUGAAUUGCAAUGCUUCUGUUAGUAUUUUGGAUCUUUCAUUUUGUGAGUUCCAAGGAUCAAUGAUCCCUUCAUCUUUCUCUAAUCUCACAUAUCUCACUUCUUUGACUUUGUUUGAAUGUGGCCUUAAUGGUUCAAUUCCCUCUUCACUUUCAAACCUUCAACAUCUCACUCACUUGGACCUUUCAUCUAAUAGUAUCUUCGGCUCGAUCCUAUCCUCAUUUUCAAACCUUCAACAUCUCACUUACUUGGAUCUUUCAAACAAUAAUCUAACCGGUGCAGUCCCAGCAUCUUUCUCAAAGCUAGAGCUUCUCACUCAUUUAGACCUUUCAUCCAAUGAACUCUGGUUCAAUCCCUUCAUCUCUUUGGAAGCUUCAAGAUCUUGUUGUCUUGGAUCUUUCUUACAAUGAACUAAGUGGUCAACUUCCAGAUAUAUUUGGUGGGCUAAAUAAACUGCAAACUCUCAAUCUUGGGAAAAACAAAAUACAGGGAAAGUUGCCAUUCUCAUUGUUUACAUUGACUCAACUUUCCAUCUUGGAUUUUUCUUCUAAUAAAUUUGAAGGGCCCUUACCUAAUCAAAUAGCAGGUUUUUCAAAUCUGACUGAAUUAUAUCUGGAUGACAACUUGUUAAAUGGGACAAUUCCUUCUUGGUGUUUAUCUUUGCCGCUUUUGAAACAUUUAAACCUUUCAAGUAACCAAUUCACAGGAAAUCUAAGUG